UCGAGGCCGGCAGAGCCCGCAGGCUGGGGGGCCCUGGAGAGGGGCGGCUGAUCACCCGCCACCCGGGGUCGGGGCUCCGCACGAUCGGGGGCGAGCUCCGGGAGGGGCUCACCCUCUCCACCCCCACCGCUGAGGUCGCCAGCCAAACGGGGGCUUCUGCCUCCUUCCCCGCCCCUCGGGACCUCCCCCGGGAGCCGAGGGCGGGUGUGCACGGGACCGACGUGGAACGAAGUCUGUAGCCCAGACGGGCGGCCCAGGUGGCUUCGGGUGUGAGGAUACGCCCAGCUGGCGACACCGGCCAGGGCGGAUGCAGCCGGCGCUCCGGUCUCGGCGGAUCCUAGUCCGAGCGUAGCUGUUCCUAGGGGAGCCGAGAGGAGAAUCAACCCGGGAAGCCAACAGCUGAAGAAGAUGCCUGCCUUCAACAGAUUGUUCCCCCUGGCUUCUCUAGUGCUCAUCUACUGGGUCAGCGUCUGCUUCCCCGUGUGUGUGGAAGUGCCCUCGGAGACGGAGGCCGUGCAGGGCAACCCCAUGAAGCUGCGCUGCAUCUCCUGCAUGAAGAGGGAGGAGGUGGAGGCCACCACGGUGGUGGAAUGGUUCUACAGGCCCGAGGGCGGUAAAGAUUUCCUUAUCUACGAGUAUCGGAACGGCCACCAGGAGGUGGAGAGCCCCUUCCAGGGGCGCCUGCAGUGGAACGGGAGCAAGGACCUACAGGAUGUGUCCAUCACUGUGCUCAACGUCACUCUGAAUGACUCCGGCCUCUACACCUGCAAUGUGUCCCGGGAGUUUGAGUUUGAGGCACAUCGGCCCUUUGUGAAGACGACACGGCUGAUCCCACUCCGGGUCACCGAGGAGGCUGGAGAGGACUUCACCUCCGUGGUCUCAGAAAUCAUGAUGUACAUCCUUCUGGUCUUCCUCACCUUGUGGCUGCUCAUCGAGAUGAUAUAUUGCUACAGAAAGGUCUCAAAGGCGGAAGAGGCGGCCCAAGAAAAUGCGUCUGACUACCUUGCCAUCCCAUCAGAGAACAAGGAGAAUUCUGCAGUACCAGUGGAGGAAUAGAACAGAAGCAGUAUGCCUGGAGGUGGCCUAAACACUGAGGGACUGGCUAUCCCAGGUUCGGUGAUGUCAACAGCAUCAGGAGGGGGCCCCUCGGGCCCCAUCUCUUCCCUUCACGUGCCCAUCCUUCUAUUUGUUCAUCCAUACAUCUACCCAUCUCUGAGCGCUCACCUCUGACUGCCUAGUUCCAUCAGACCUCUUCACACCAUAAGACUUUGCCAGAACCAAGAAGCCAACAUUUCUACACGGAUUCAACCUCACCUUGUCCUAGCUCUGUUUGAAAUCUGAAAGCAACUGGAUUUCUCCCCUGUGCUUCAAAUGAUUUUGUUCUAAGUGCUGGAGGUAGCACCUCC